CAGCAGGCAUCCUCUCUUCCUCUCCUCUCCAAUCUCCAUUGCAGCAGCACUGCAGCGGCGGGUGCGGGUGGCAUGGCUAUGGCGUCCGCGCUGCCGCUCCUCCUCGCGCCGCGCGCCGUCUUUGCGUCCGCGGGGCCGUCUUCGCCUCAUCUCCGCUCCCGCCGCCUCGCGCUGCGUCUUCCUCCCCCUCCCCGACCCGCCGCCCUCUCCGCGCCACCAGCCGCCGUGCAGCCGCGCGAGGCCCGGCGCGUCCAGCCGCCCCGCGCCGCCUCCUGCUGCCAAGAUCCCGCUCCGGCCGCGGGAGGAGGCGCCAGGGACUGGCGGAUGUUCUUAGCAUGGUACCUGAUGGCUCUGGACAAGAACCCGAUUGUGACUAAGGCGGUCACUUCCGCUGCCCUAACUCUGGCCGGGGACCUCAUCUGUCAGCUUGUUAUCGAUCGAGUUCCAGAACUUGAUUUGAGGAGAACAUUUGUAUUCACAUUUUUGGGCCUUGCCCUUGUGGGGCCAACUUUACAUGUCUGGUACUUGUAUUUGAGCAAAUUAGUGACAAUCAGUGGGGCAUCAGGUGCCAUUGCUCGCCUUAUACUUGAUCAGUUCAUUUUCUCUCCCAUUUUCAUUGGCGUCUUUAUGAGCUUACUAGUCACCUUGGAGGGAAAGCCCUCUCUUGUGGUGCCAAAGCUUAAGCAGGAAUGGUUAUCAUCAGUGUUGGCGAAUUGGCAAUUAUGGAUACCAUUUCAGUUUUUGAAUUUUUACUUCGUUCCUCAGAAGUUUCAGGUCCUUGGUGCUAAUUUUGUAGCCCUUGCAUGGAAUGUGAUUUUAUCAUUUAAAGCUCACAAGGAAGUUAUCGCGAAAUAGGUAUGAAGGAGCGCAGUGAACUCCCCCGGUCGGUCCAGGAUAGGGAUAGGAUAGUGGCAGCUGAAGCUGUAGGGCUUGUAAAUUGUCGCCAUGUGGGACUGGAGUGGAUCAUUCUGAUCAGUAGUCAACACAACACUGAAUGGAUGAUUGUGAUGGACAUGCCUGUGUGAUCUCUUUUGUGCAUGCUACACCAAUACGUGUUUGGCCAGCAUGUAUGCCUGGACAUGUGUGUUACUAUUUGUGCUGUGAUGGGUUGUUCGAGAUCUAGGAAACACAUUGGGUUGUUGAUAUCUUUAGGCCCUGUGUGGAAGCGUCUAUUUUUUUUAAGAAACUGGUUUAUAGAAAUUGUGGUGGUUCUAAACAUAAUAGUUUAUAACUCAGUUCACUUAAACUACUAAACUUUAGUC